GCCUUUUCACCAGGUUGCAGGCUCUCGGCAGUUCUCCUCGCCCGCUACGACGCAGCGUGGGAUGUGGGGGGUCGCAGUUCCCAAGCUGGCUUGCAUGCAGCGGGCGGCGGCUGCGAGCGCCUUAGGGCUUUUUUCCAGACUCCAGACUCCAGUUCCAACCAUGAGAACUUUUUCCCUGUCACAGCCCUCGCAGAAAGUGGCAGACCCUGUGUGGAAUCUGGGUCGACUCAAUCAUGUAGCCAUAGCCGUGCCGAAUUUGGAAAAGGCCUCGACAUUUUAUAAGAAUGUUCUAGGGGCCCAGGUAAGUGAAGCGGUCCCUCUUCCUGAACAUGGAGUAUCUGUUGUUUUUGUCAACCUGGGAAAUACCAAGAUGGAACUGCUUCAUCCCUUGGGCAAAGACAGUCCGAUUGCAGGUUUUCUGCAGAAAAACAAGGCUGGAGGAAUGCAUCACAUCUGCAUUGAGGUGGAUAACAUAAACACAGCCAUGAUGGAUUUGAAAAAAAAGAAAAUCCGUACUACAACUGAAGAGGCCAAAAUAGGAGCACAUGGAAAACCAGUGAUUUUUCUCCAUCCCAAAGACUGUGAUGGAGUUCUUGUGGAACUGGAGCAAGCUUGAUUUAUGUUUGUAAGAAACUAAAUUAAUUGAUAUAAAAAAUUCUUAUCAAAAUUCAAAGUGACAACAGCAACUCGAAAGAUUAGAUAGGAACCUUAGGGAGCAGAGAGUUUAUGUUAAUGAGAGAGGAGCAACUCAGAAAAUCAUAGUAAAAAU